UAAUUUUUUCUUUUGUACAAUAAACAUGGGACAUUAUCAUUUGUCCUAAGUAAAAAAGCACCUUUAUCAACGUGCUAUACAGGCAAAACAAUUAUUUGGUGGGAACUUAACAAUUUAUAAAAAGCAAAUCUUAUCAUCUCUUAACCUCACCAAGAAAAAAUCAAUGGAGACUACCACCAUUGCUUCUUCUUCUUCAUCAUCAUCACCAGUUGUGGUGUUAAUGGUUCCAUUCCUAGCUCAAAGCCAUCUCAACUACCUUCUUCAAUUUGCCCAUAUAAUCUCCUCAUACAAAAUCCCAACCCACUACAUUACCUCAACUCUUCACAACUCACAAAUCAAGUCUCGAGCCCCAAACCCACUUCACCAACUAACCCAAAUCCAAUUCCAUCCCUACCCACUUCAAUUUCCACCACCUACUUCUUCCAAAACAAAAUUUCCCAAUACCUUAAUUCCAUGCUUCGAAGCCUUAACCCAACUCCACAAACCAGUUUCUAAUCUUCUCCAUUCACUAUCUCAAUCCACAAAACGACUUGUCGUUAUUCACGAUGUUUUAAUGACUUCGGUAGUAAAAGAUGUCGUUAAUAUACCAAACGGAGAAGCAUAUUCUGUUAACUGUGGCUCUCUUUUUUCUUUUUUCACAUACAAGUGUGUUUCCUUAAUGGGACAAAACGACAUCGUUCUCCCAAUAAAGCAUAUACCGUCUUGGGUAUCUUGUUUCCCAACUGUGGUGAUUGAGUUUAUAAAUAAACAGUUACAAGAGUUGAAUUUUCAAGCUGGGGAUAUUUUCAACAGUUGUAGAAUUAUUGAAGGUAUUUUUUUACAACGUUUAGUGAAUGAAAUUGGUUUGGAUAAGAAGAUGUGGGCAAUUGGACCUUUACACAAAAUGACAACAAUUAGUAGUAAGGAGAUUAAGGAUCAAGACAAGUGGCUAUUUGAGUGGUUGGAGAAACAAGAACCAAAUAGUGUGUUGUAUGUUUCUUUUGGAACAUUAACUGAUUUUUCAGAAGAAGAGAUUAAUGAGAUUGCUGUUGGUUUAGAGCUAAGUGAUGUAAAGUUUAUAUGGGCAUUGAGGGAAGCUGAUAAAGUUGAUGAUGAUUCAGAGUCGGUACCAAGGAACAAUGGGGAGAUCAACACGCAAUCCUUACUUGCCUCACCUAAGAGUCGGCCCUGUAAUAAUUUAAGUACUCAUGAAGAAGAGAGUUGGAGAUCACUACUUCCGGGUGGGUUUGAGGAAAGGAUUAAGGGAAUGGGAAUUGUGGUGAGGGAAUGGGUACCCCAAGUAGAGAUUUUAAGGGACAAAUCAAUAGGUGGAUUUAUGAGUCAUUGUGGGUGGAAUUCUUGUAUGGAGAGCAUAAGUUUUGGAGUGCCUAUAGCAGCUUGGCCAAUGCAUUCAGAUCAACCUAUUAAUGCUUUGUUCUUAACUGAAGUGCUCAAAGUGGGAGUGGCAGUUAUGGAAUGGGAGCAAAGAGAUGAGUUGGUGAGUUCGGUUAUGAUUAGCAAAGCUGUGAAGACAUUAAUGGCAUCAGAUGAAGGUUGUGAGAUUAGAAAGAGGACUGAGGAAUUGGGUGAUGAAGUUAGAAAAUCUACAGAUGAAGGAGGAGUCACUCGUAUGGAAUGGGAUUCUUUCAUUGCUCAUAUCACUAGAUAAUUUGUAUUAAUAUAGUUAGUGUAGCUUUGCAAUCCAUAAUAACCUUUAUGAAAAAUUUGAUUAACAAUAGAGCAAAUUAAAUGUAGUUAUUUUACAAAUUUUAGUUUGGCGAAUUUCGCAAAAAUGAAAGUAUUUAAUCAAAAA